ACGAUUACCACAGCCUCGUUUUGAAUUCCUAUCAAGAUGGCGGAACACUUGAAGAAUCGGCGCGGCGGUUAAAUUCACCCUUUCCGUAAGCCGAUUGUGGUUGGAAAUUUGUUAUUUCCGGAGCUAGUACAGUCACGAUAUCCACUUUCAAUUUAACUCUGGAAAACUGUUCGUCAUGGAAGUUGGAGAACGGGAAUUUCUACGUGAGCAAGUUCAGCGGGUGAAUGCUGAGUUGCAGCGCUACCAGGAGAAGUAUUUGCCUCUGGAUGAAAAUGAAAAGGCAAGUUUGCACACUACAGGAGAUCCUCCAGCUCCAUGGCUGACCAGCAAAAAUUUGUUGUCACCACUCAUAGCGGAAUAUGAUCAUCAGUUGUCAUCGCUACGGAAACAGAUCAACACAUACAAGGCUGAACACUUAGAAUUGGCAGGGAAAAUUGACAAAUUGGUCAAUGAAAACAACAGGUUACACAGGGAGUUAAAGGCAGCUAUUCAGGGUCAGCUUGAGGCAGUUCAUGAGGUCUCCAGAGCUGAUCACAGCAUAAUUGAAGAGCAACAACUCAUCGACAACCUUCAGAAGCAGAUAACACUCACAACUCAGGAGAAAGAUUCCGCGGUGGAGAUGUGGCAGGAAACGGUUCAGGAGCUGGACAGACUUGCCAAGGAACACAGGGAUUUACUGAACAGCAGUGAGGCGCAGUCACAAAGAGUUCAGGCUAUUCAGGAAAAAGGAUCAACCCUGAUGAGUCAGAAUCAAAGUUUGGUGACUGGCAACCAAAAACUAGAAAUGGCUAGUCAGCAUCUUCAGCAGGUGAUAGCAUCUCAGUCUCAGGAGCUAGACUCCCUCCGAGAUCAUCUCAAGAGAGCUAGAACCGACCUGAGAUCAGCUAACCUACAACUGGCUGAGAUGAGAACAACAACAGACAAACUCAAAGAAGAUAACCAGGCAAAGGAGAGGGAGAAACAACAGGCUAAAGGCAGGGAGGAAUCAGCAGACAGUAGAUUGACGCAGCUACAAGCAGUGGUCAUGGAUCUAGAACACAGAUUAACCAAUUUAUCCGAAGAAAACGCCAGGAUGCUUGCCACAAGGAAGGAACAGGAGGACAGAAUGAGGUCAUUACACCACAAAUGUGGUAAAGCUGAGAGGAGGGAGCAUGAGGCAUUGGCGCAGGUACGAGACAGCAUUCAGAUGGUGGAGAACGCACUGCUUGAGAAAGAUCAGGCCUUGGUUCGAGAGCAGCAGAAGACUCAAGAAUUAGGCAGGCUCCAGGAAGCUCUCUCCAAACUGAUCAAUGAGGCCGGCAAGAGAACCAGACAAGAGGUGGACAACGUCAGGAAACAAUGCAACACUAAUAUUGGGAAACUCAUGGAGGAAAUACAAAGCCUGGAAAUGGAGAAUGCUGAGAAGCAAGCUGAGAUUGAGAGAGCCAUGAGGGAGAAGAGAGCAGUGGAACAAGAAUUGGAAACAGUGUACAGAGAGGGUGCUAAGGGACCUGAUGAUCAUCUGUAUCAAGAGCUGCAAGGCAGGGUGAAUAUAGCUGAGAGAAUGAGAUCUCAGGCUAUGGUGCAGGUGCAGAAACUAGAGAAAGCUAUGCAGAGAAUGGAAAACAGCCAAGAAGAGGAGAAAUCCCAGAGCCUUCUGAUCAACGAGCAACUGAAACAGCGACUGGACAAAGUCGGCAAGGAAUGUGAGACAGUGUCUGAGGAGCGUCUGAAGCUGACUGAGGUUGUGGAUGAUUACAAGAAACGACUUCUUGCUGCUCAGAAGGAACGGGCAGCAACUGAGAGGAAAUCUCUCUCACAGAUGGCAACUGUUCAGCAAGAAAUGAGUCAGUUACGAGUGGAGUAUGACGCCAGACUGGACAGCACUGAGCUGGGUAACCGUCAAGCUAUGAAGGAAGUCAGAGAUAUGCUGACUGCUCAACAGAGAAUGAGUGCAAAAUGGAGAGAGGAGUCCAAAACACUUGCCCAGAAGUUUGAAUCCAAAGUCAGUGAUCUCAGAUCAGAAAUAGCAAUGCACAAGCAGCGAUCUGAAGAACUGACGUCACAGCUCAGUCAACAGAGAGAAAUGUUUCUGGAGAGUGAGCGUAAACAAUCCGAGGAAGCAGACAUGAUUCGCAAACUCAACCGCAAACUUGCCGAUACUGAACUCAGGGCUGCCACUGCCACCAAAAAGCUGUCUGAGCAGUUAGCCAGGGAGAAGCGACUGCUACAUGACAGGAAACAUCUACAGAAUGAACUAGAGAAGAUGAAGCUAGAGGCUAGCCGGUCCAACAGGUUAUCAGAUUCAGUCCACUUUGACUUAGACAGACCCGAUGCCAGUCUAGCAGCCAGCAGGACUCACAACGUCAGAGCAACGAUGACCUUAGGUCAACAUUACAACCUGAAUGGUAACAACGCUGCAGGUAGCAUCACAGGCACUGGUAGUCAUGUCAGUAGUGUACGCAGUAGCAGGACAUCAUCGCUUGGAAGUGGAAACUCCACACCGGAAUAUCUCAAGUAAACUAAAGCAGCUAGCACAUGAAUUGUUUCAAGUGAUUUCUCUUCUAAGCACCUCCCUGUAAUCGGGCCCUUGAGUCGAUUUUGUGGUGCUGCUCCAUGGUUCGCAAAAAAAAUUGCUAACCUUAUUCGCAUUUCAUGGUCUAAGCAUGCUGUGGAGUGCCGUGGCCUCGUGGUCUGGAGCAUUGAAUUUGUGGUGUGCGGGCAAUUCUGCAGGUUGUGGGUUCGAGUCCAGCCUGGGGUCAUGGUGCGUGUGCCCUUGGGCAAGGCACUUUGUCAC